AAAACUAGAAAAGGACAACAUUUUCAUCACAGGCUUUAAGUGGCUGACACUAACUGUUUUGGCCAAAGAUUCAAAAGUAUACAUACAUUUACAUUACUGUCAAAUUAAUGCAAGCCAAAAAAGUCCCCAAAAAAGGUCGUAAAAAAUAUUGAUGGACAUAAAAACAGAGAAAGGUGUGAGACGAGAAAGUGGCAGAUAGAAUAACAAUCAGCAAGCUGGCGAUACUCCUCGGCACCUCCAAUGACGAAAAGAUCGAGCCGGAGAUUGUUCCACGUUGGUGGAGCGGUGGAGUGGCGGGGGCUAUUGCACAGUUUUUUACGGCGCCCUUUGACCUGAUCGAGUCGCGAAUGGUGAGCAUCAAGAAGGAUGUGGGCAUGGCUUCGAGUCUGCGACAUGCCAUCCGGACUUAUGGUUUCUUUUCCCUGUACGACGGUCUGAGUGCCCAAUUGCUCAGGCAGUUGACAUACACAUCCCUUCGGUUUCAUCUAUACGAAAUGGGCAAGAACCAAAUGGGCGAUCCAGUGGACUGCCUGCAUAAGGUGAUCGUGGCUGGAUUGGCGGGAUGUGUGGCGGGGUUGGUGGGCAUACCCACGGAGCUGGUCCACACACGGAUGCAAGUGAACCGCGCCCUGCCCAGUGAAAAGCGGUGGAACUACCAACACGUCUUCGACGGACUGUACCGCGUGACCAGGGAUGAGGGCUGGAUGUCGCUCUACAGGGGAUGUCUUCUGUCUUUGGUCCGGUCGUGCUUCACAACCAUCGGCCAGGUCGCAGCUUAUGAUCAGGCCAAAGAAAUCUACAUGGAAUGUUUUAAACUGAAGCACGACAACACCUUUCUGCACCUGAUGAGUUCCAUGACGGCUGCUUGUAUCUGCGGUCCGAUCGUAAAGCCAAUAGAGAACUUAAGGACCCUCAAGAUGGUGAAUUCUAGGGGAUUGAUACGUACCUUCGCCUACAUGAUGCGAUUUGGGCUAAGAGGACCCUUCCGCGGAAUGGUGCCCUACUUCCUGCGAGUGGUGCCCAAUACGAUCAUUACGUUUUUGAGUUUUGAGCAAAUCCGUGUUCAUUUUGGAUACUAUGAAAUCGAGGAAAAUAAAAGCUAGCACCGACGGCGAAGAAAUCGUAAAGAUCUCUUAGAUUCAAA